GAAGGCGGUGCUGCUGCAGUGCGGGGACCGCUCACCCUCCCCUCGUCCCGCGUCCUCGCGUCCCCGCGCAGCCGCCUCCAGCCUCGGGCACAGCGCACCCAGGACGCAGGGCACCAUGGCCUCGCCGCCAGCCCACCCGCUGGAGGAGGACGAGAGCCUGCGCGGCUGCGAGCUGUACGUCCAGAGGCACAGCGUCCAGCAGGUGCUGAAGGACUGCAUCGUGCACCUGUGCGUCGCCAAGCCCGAGCGCCCCAUGCGCUUCCUGCGCGAGCACUUCGAGAAGCUGGAGAAGGAAGAGAACAGACAGAUUUUGGCUCAGAAGUCAGCCUCCCAGUCCGACUCGCAUGAUGAGGAGGCCUCCCCGACGCUGCCAAACCCCGUGGUGAAAGCCCGCUGCCGCCGUGGGGGCGUGAGCGCCGAGGUGUACACAGAGGAGGAUGCUGUGUCCUACGUCCGGAAGGUCAUCCCCAAAGACUAUAAGACCAUGACGGCACUGGCCAAGGCCAUCUCCAGGAAUGUGCUGUUCGCUCACCUGGACGAUAACGAGAGGAGCGACAUAUUCGACGCCAUGUUCCCUGUCACCCACAUCGCCGGGGAGACUGUCAUCCAGCAAGGGGACGAAGGCGACAACUUCUACGUCAUCGACCAAGGAGAGGUGGAUGUGUACGUGAACGGAGAGUGGGUGACCAACAUCAGCGAGGGCGGCAGCUUUGGGGAGCUGGCACUCAUCUACGGCACCCCCAGAGCGGCGACCGUGAAAGCCAAGACGGACCUCAAGCUCUGGGGCAUCGACCGCGACAGCUACCGCCGCAUCCUCAUGGGCAGCACGCUGCGGAAGCGCAAGAUGUAUGAGGAGUUCCUCAGCAAGGUCUCCAUCCUGGAGUCCCUGGAGAAGUGGGAGUGCCUGACGGUGGCGGACGCCCUGGAGCCGGCCCAGUUUGAGGACGGGGAGAAGAUCGUGGUGCAGGGGGAGCCGGGGGACGACUUCUUCAUCAUCACGGAGGGCACAGCCUCGGUCCUCCAGCGCAGGUCCCCGAACGAGGAGUACAUGGAGGUCGGGCGCCUUGGGCCCUCUGACUACUUCGGGGAGAUCGCGCUGCUCCUGAACAGGCCCCGGGCGGCCACUGUGGUGGCCCGGGGCCCCCUCAAGUGCGUGAAGCUGGACCGGCCGCGCUUUGAGCGUGUGCUGGGGCCCUGCUCUGAGAUCCUCAAGCGGAACAUCCAGCGUUACAACAGCUUCAUCUCCCUCACCGUCUGAGCUGCCGCUGCCCGCCGCCCACCACCCGUUGGUCGCUCAUCUGUGUCUGGGGCUGAGGGCCAGGGCGUCCCAGCAGCGUGGGGACUGCCCUCCCUCCGAACUCACACGUGGAAUAAAAUAGUCACCUGUGCAUUUUACAAACAGGGGCAAACCAGGCGCACCCCAGGCCGAGGCAGUGCCAGCUGCCCCUCCCCAUGCACCUCCCGUCUCCCCGUGCUUUGUGGGUUCAUCUUAGGGUCCCCCAUUCCCUCUCUCAUCUCCUGGGGGACGCAGAAGUGUGCUCACCCACUGUGGCCAAGGGGCCAGGCUGCAGUGGUCCAGGUGGCCCCAUGUGGGCGGGCUCAGUCCUGCUGGGGCCACGGCCUCUCUGAUCACCCGCCUCUCCAGGGGCCCAAGUGACCGGUUCUGGACCCUGAUAUGGGACAAUGAUGUCCAAGGGGGUGUCCCACAGGCCCGAGGGCUUCCAGCGGGAAGUUGAGGCUGAAGCCAGAGAGCGGGUCCUGUAGAAGCCGCAGGUGGCCCCACAGGGCAGUCUUGUGGGUGGAGGUGACGCCUGUCCUGGGCAGCCCGUGUCAGCUGGUCUGGGACACUGGCCACUUUGCCAGACAGUCCGAGCCCACUGGGCUGCUUGCUGGGCAGGGACGCCCAGAUGGUUUCCCUGACAAGCGAGUGCUGUUCUCGGUGUUGGGGGCCCCAAGGGACAUCUGCUUGUCCCGAGUUGCAAAGCAGCUUCUGGGAGACCUUGCGAAGGAGGGGAGGGUCCCCCAAACUCUCUUUGGACAGAGUUGUCAGAACCAAAGUAAGACAGGAGGCCUCGCCCUGUGCCGGUUGCCAUCGGAACUCCAGUCCCCAGGACCCCCCACACCUGAGUCAACCCCCCAAACGCAUCUUCAAUCCACACAGGCCUGGCCAUGCCAGCGCAGGCCACCUGGUGGCUUCUGGUGACCGAAGCAGAGCUGACAUCCUGCCGUGAGCCCACCUUGGCUCCUGCCUGCGUGCCUCUGGGCAUUGGCCGUGCGGUGUGACGCCGUAUUUGCCGAAAUGUCCUGUGCUGCAUGGCCUCGAAGUGUGCGGCGAGCUCCCCCCGCCGACCCGGGUGUGUUCUCUCACCACUCGGAGAACACACUUUUCCCUGUUUUUAUUGCGGUGAAUACCCCCGACAGGAAGUUCCCCGCCUCAGCUGCUUUUAAGUGUCCAGGUCGUGGGCACAGAGCAUGAGGACCCUGCUGUGGGGCUGUCACCACUGCUCUUGUCUGGAGCUCACCGUCCCCCCAGACGAGCCUCUGUCCCCAUGAAGCCUGCCGCCUCCAGCCCCUGGCACUCCCGCCUCCUGCCUGUGCCUGUGCGGAAACUCGUUUUAAUGUAUUUUACUUAGCCCAGUCUAUCCAAAACACGCUCAUUCCAACCUCCCAGUAUAAAUG